AUGUGGCUUUGUGUUAUAAAUUUGUUCUACCGGGGUUUUGUGCUAAGCAUUGUGGCAAAUGUGCUUUGGUAUACACCACAACUUGCAGUAAAUAAGAUUAUGACUGGAAAUAUCACACAGUGCCAUGAUAAGAUAAAGCAUGAAGCUGAGAUCAAUGGCAACAUUAAGAUUUUUACAGAAGUUGAGAUUGAAAGAAUUACUAGAAACUUUAGCACUCUUAUCGGAAAAGGUGGCUUUGGAGAAGUUUAUAUGGGAAUCCUUGACGAUGACAAUGAGCCUGUAGCAGUGAAGAAAUAUAUCAAUGAAGAUUUGAGAGAAGUGUUUAUGGAAGAAGUACGUAUCCAUAGUAAAAUUAGCCACAAGAAUGUGGUGAAGCUCAUAGGCUAUUGCAUUGGGGAACGUACUCUCAUGAUUGUAAUGGAGUAUAUGUCCAAAGGAAAUCUCAAUGACAUACUCCACUACAGUGAAAUUUCGAUCCCUUUGGAUGUAAGAUUGGGUAUUGCUAUAGGGUGUGCAGAGGCAUUAAGCUACAUGCAUUCAAUGCAUUUAUCAUCUGACAACCUUGUCUGUCAUGGUGAUAUUAAGCCUGCCAACAUACUUCUAGAUGACAAUUUGACAGCAAAAUUAACGGAUUUUGGAGUUUCAAGGCUUCUGGUCGGUGGCAUCACUCGGUACACUACGACUGUAAAAGGAAGUAUAGAGUACAUGGAUCCUAUAUAUAUUCAAGAGGGAUGUCUUACUCCAAGGAGUGAUGUUUAUAGCUUUGGAUUAGUUCUCUGUGAACUAAUAGCUAGAGAAAGGGUAAGAAAAGGUGACAUUAACCUCAUUGGAUAUGUCAAUAAAGGCUGUGCAAGUGGUAAAGGGUUUAGAGAAAUAUUUGAUGCUGCAAUAGCAAAUGAGAACAACAUGAAGAUUCUUAAAGAAAUGAAGAAAUUGGCAAUUGAGUGCCUAUCACUGAUCAGUUAUAGGCGUCCUCAGAUGACUGAUGUGGUCAAACGCCUUCGGAUUCUGAGAAAAGAAUUGAAGGACAGACAUGAAAAUUAUUCAGAAUCAAUUUUGGCAUCACACCAUUCAUGGCGCAGAAACAACAGGCAAGAGAUAAUCAUGCCCACCUAUAAUUCUAAGAUGCAGAUUAAGAAGAGUUUGGUCUUUUUGAAGAGGAACCUUAGCAAUUCUAAGAUUCAAUCAGAACCCAGCAAUGUGAGAAUUCUCACACAGGAGGAGCUAAAAGAAGUCACACAUAAUUACUCUUAUCUACUCAGUGGAGGUACUUCAGGUAGAGUUUACAAAGGGACACUUGAGGACAAUACAGUGGUAGCAGUGAGAAUAUUUUCUCAAGUACUUGAGGGCUUUGAAGAAGCGUUUAUCAAUGGUGGGAUGAUCCUGUCUCAAAUAUUCCAUAGGAACAUCAUCAAACUUUUGGGAUAUUGCCCGGAUGCUGAUUGCCCAGCUUUCAUGUAUGAGUUUGCUGCUAAAGGUAGUUUAUCUGAUGUCCUGGACAGGCAUGAAGACUUCCCACUAGAUUUACGUGCAAAGAUUGCAGUAAAAAUUGCAGAAGCAUUAGAAUACCUCCACUCAUCAGCAACUGGUAUUAUCAGACACGGUUAUGUGGUACCAUCCAAGAUACUUCUAGAUGAUAAUUUCAUGCCAAAGCUCACUGGCUUUUCAUGGGCAAGGAAGUUUAUCAAGGAGAGUAACAUUAUUGCCAGCGACGAUGCAAUUACUAGUCAUCAGCUUCCAUCAAGCAGGUUCUACGACGACCUAAUUCACGAUCACUGUGUGUCACUAAAAGUGAAAACCGAUGUAUACCAGUUUGGUGUCCUUCUCUUGACGCUUAUUAGUAGGAAGAACUUUGUAUUUUAUGCCGAUCAUGAUGACCUCAUUUCACAAUUCCGCACAGCUUGCCUGGCAGAUGGCAGUGGAAGGACAUUUUUUGAUGAUGAUAUUGCAGUUCAUGGUGGAGAUAUUGUUCUGCUUGAAGAGAUGGGGAGGCUAUCGCUGAAGUGUAUUUGUGAGGAAAUAGAUCGGAGACCAACAAUGAAAGAAGUGGCAGAACACCUUCGAAUAAUCACGAGAUCUUGGAAGAAGUGCUCUUCAGAUGGAGCUACACCGGUAUCCAAAACCGUAACUAAAUCUCAUAUCACCGGAGCUGAAGGCACUAAACUUGACAGGCCACUUAGUUCAGAUAUUAGAGAUUGGCCAUAA